UUCUCGCUCCAGCACAGACGGAGGCGCUAUGAGGCUCCUCAGUGAGAGAAAAACACCACAGAACGAACGAAAGAAGAGCUUGCAGUUUGAACCCUGAUGUUGAGCAUGAAAGCGCAGGUGGAUGUGGUCUGCUGUAAAUCAGUAGGAACUGAUCUGUCCAUGCUGGAUAUUGAGGAUUUCAUCACAGAAAUCUGUCAGCUGAAGAAAGAGGUGGCUUCACUGGAGGCAAAGCUGAGAGAAAGAGGAGAGGAUCUAGUCUGGAGUGUCCGAGAUCAGCCCACAGAGCAACUCUCUGAUCGUAGGUCCAGAAACACACACGACUCAGAGCUCAGCCUUAGUUUGCUCUGUUAUACUGACGCUCAGGAGAGCGUGUGUGACAGUCAUGGAUCCAUUGACCACAACUCCACAGAGUCUCUGGCGUCUGAUUGUAACGCUGGAGAACUGCAGACGCCAAUGAAGACGUGCUCCGUUAAACUGGUGGACUGCAGGAAUUCGAAGGAGACGAGAGAAGAAACCACUGCGGAGAAAGUACAAAGUGACGAUGAUGAUGUCAUUAAUCCCUCGGGUGAAAACACCAGUUCAUCUUUUGAUGUAGAAAUGGCCUCAACAUCCAAAGAGCAGCCGACGGCCAAGAGUUUCUCCUGCGUCACCUGUGGGAAAACAUUCAGAAAACAGGGAAAUUUAGCGAGGCAUGAGAGAAAACACACAGAACCGAAAGCCUACACGUGUAAGAGAUGCAACAUCAGCUUUCCUACCUUAAAAGAAAGAACAGUUCAUUCAAAAGAGCACAGGGUGAAGAAGGAGUUUCGCUGCGAACAGUGCGGGAAGGUUGCCUUCUCUUCUGGUAAUCUGAAAAUUCACAUGAAGACGCACACUGGCGAAAAGCCUUUCCACUGCAGCGAAUGCGACAAGUACUUCAGCACCAAACAAUCUCUUCUUGUUCAUAAGCGAAUCCACACGGGGGAAAAGCCGUACAAGUGCCCUCACUGCGAGAGAAGAUUCAGAGAUGGGUCCCAUUUCAAGACACACAUGCGUUCGCACGCCAGCGAGAGGCCGUACCAGUGCAGCGAAUGUGGGAAAACCUUUAAGCAGCCCAUUUGUCUAAUAUCACACCAAAAAAUACACUCUGAGAAACUGCACCAGUGCACACACUGUGACAAACGCUUCCGUCAGAUCUCUCAGCUGAAACGCCACGAGAGAAUGCACUCUGGAGAGAGACCGUAUCUGUGCUCCCACUGCGGGAAGAGCUUUUCCGAUCCAGCUCAUUUCAGAGUCCAUCAGAGAAUUCACUCUGGAGAAAAACCGUACCAAUGUAGUGUUUGCGGGAAGAGUUUCCGUCAACACACUAACCUACUGAAGCACCAGAGGAUUCAUAGCGGAGAACGACCGUUCAAGUGUUCUCACUGUGACAAGAUGUUUGCUCGAUCAGACGUCCUGAAGAUCCAUGAGCGAGUUCAUACAGGAGAGAAACCUUACUCCUGCUCCAUCUGCAGUGAGAGAUUCGCUUAUUUAGGGGGUUUUCAGACCCACCAGAACAAACACGCUAAAGAACAAACUGCUCCAGAAUCAUCAUAGCGGCUUUCAUCAGUCAGUCU